AUGAAGCUGCCAACGCCUGACCACCUUUGCGACUACCUGACCACAGGUCCAGACGGCCCUCGAUCGCUCAGCAUGGCUACAUUCGACCCUGCCGCCCUUGCCGCCGAGAUGCAGACUCGAACGCGCGAGGAAGCUCGAUUUGACGAGUUUGAAGCCCAGCUCCCCGACCCUAAACACUCAUCCUUCCAGAUACCUACGCCCAAGGGAGAUGUGGGCAUUAUUGGCGGUCUCUUUCGCGCUAUUGGCGAUCUCAACCCUCUGGGGAAGAAUGUCACCAAGGAUGACGUGGUCUGGCUGCUGGACAACACUGCUUUCCGGACGUCGAGGCUGAAGAGCUGGCAAGCCGAGUACGUCGCUGCCGUCUUCGAGAUGGACCCUCACUGCAAAGUCACCGACAUUGUCUCUCGGAUCGCCGAGCAACUGGGCCUCGCCGACGAUGCCGCAGAGAGGGAGACCAUUGCGGAGAGGAUCCUGCCAUUUCUCUGGGACAUUCGCAUGGUGCGCAUCGUCAAGGUCCGCACGGAGGGCAAGGAUCUUAAGAUGACGCCCACCAACGUCAACGGCAUCUCGACGCAGGUCAUGAAGAUCCCCAGCGCCGACAAGGGCACCAUUGUGAAGAGUCGGGCCGUGGUGCCCCAGGGCGUCUCGGGUAUUCUGGAGGCGAACACGGUGUACGCCGGCCCCAAGGGCUGGGCCAUCAUCUCGGAUAUCGACGACACCAUCAAGAUCACCACGACGAGCAGCCCGACCGGCAUUGUCCAGAAGACAUUUGUCGACGAGCCGACCCCUGUGCCUGGUAUGCCCGAGCUGUAUGCCCAGGUGAAGGCAUCCAUGCCCGAGGACACCCCUUGGUUCUACCUGUCGGCGUCGCCCUACAACCUGUACCCGUUCCUCAAGGAGUUCCGCGACAAGUACUACCCGCCGGGCACCAUGAUUCUGCGCGACUUCUCGUGGAAGACCGUCGCCGGACUGCUGUCCGCCCUGACGAUGGGGACAGAGGAGUACAAGACCGACCGCAUGCACAAGAUCAACUCCUGGCUCCCCGAGCGGAAGAUGAUUGUCAUUGGCGACUCGACGCAGUCGGACCCAGAGGCAUAUGGCGAGAUCUACCGUACCGUGCCCGGCUGGAUCGAGCUCAUCCUCAUUCGCAAGGUCGGGGACGUGUCUGCCAUCGGCAUCGCGGACAAGAACGACCCCGAGCGAUUCGAGAAGGCGUUCCAAGGUAUCCCCAGGGAGGCGUGGCACGUUUUCACGGAACCCUCCGAGUGCUCGAGAUUGAUCCAAGAUGUCGUGGGCAAGCGCUCGCGAGCCAAAGUCAAGUGCGCCCACGAGGGCGAGCCGCCCUGCUCACGAUGCGCCAAGUCAAAGUUGCCAGGCUGCACUUUGCUACGGCCUCGUGUGGACUUGGAGAAGGCGAAUCGCGUGAGGGCAAAGCGUAAAGAGGAGAAGCGUGCUGCGCUGGCGGCGGCAUCGCAAGCGACCAGUGCGCCCGAGACGUCCCCUAGUAUGCCCACGCCGAGGAGCAGUCAUCGGACUUCACUACGGACACCACAGGAGGAGCACGAUGAGGCUGAUGAGCAGGAUACCGAAGGCGCGAAACUCGACCUACUCAGUGUCGAUCGCCACAUUGGCACCUUGCCCAAUAGCACGAUCCUCAAGUCGCUAAACACCUUUUCCAACAAGUUCCCCGAGCUGGCGAUAUUGCACCUGCCCACCUUUAUGCAGGAAUUUGAAUCGCCAUCAUGCUCCAGGGAGAGCAUGGCGCUCCUCGCGGCGGUCCUGGCCGUGACGAGGUCGCAACUCGCCUCGCAGGGUGCUGCCUGGACAGAGGGCCUCUUGAGCCGGGAAGAGUAUGCCACAUAUGCCAAGGAGCGCCUACAGGAGUUCAUGUUGAAGGAACCCAAAGUCCAGGUCGUGCAGGCGCUGCUCAUCAUUACGCUCCACGAAUGGGGCACGCGAGACUUCCACAAGGCGUGGGUGUACUGCGGCAUCGCGAUCCGCAUCAUGCAGGCGCUGCACAGCCAGCGUGUCUCGCCGUACCCUCUCGAUCCCAGCAGCGAGCGUGGCCGACCCGCGCGCAACGCCGUGACGGCCGCCAUCGAGACACGCGCGUACUGGGCGUGCUUUCUGAUGGACUGCAUGGUCAACUCGGGGACGUACAACCCACCCAUGCUGCCCAUGUCGGAGAUGCACAAGCUCAAAAUCCCCCGGCCGCUGUCCGCCGUCGAGUUCGCCUUUGGACCCGAGCUGCCACCGCACACCAUGCCCCUCGCCGGCGGCGGCGCGCUGGACAUUACGCAGUCCUUUGAGAUCCUCGUCGGCGGGUUCGAGAUCUGGGCCAAGGUGAUGGAGUUCAUCUUCAACGACGGGCGCAAGGCGCCGGGCAUGUGCGCGCCGCACAACUGUCCCUGGGUGCCGGGGUCGCCCUGGAUGUCCAGCUGGAGCCGGCUCCGGUCCUGGCGCGCCGACCAGCAUCGCAACCUGCACUACCCCAGCACCAGCGUCGCGGUGCACAUGACGCUCGGGUACGGGGAGACCUUUACGUACCUGAACCUGCUUUACUAUGUGAGCAACUUGAUGUUGCACCGCGAGUACACGCCAUUCCUGCCCACGCCGGAAAGUGUCCCACAGGGGCCGGUGGACAAGCCUCUGCUCGAGGCCACGGCGCCCAACGGGUGGUGGGAGGACAAUGCGGCCGAGAUCUUUGGAUCGGCCGAGAACAUUGCACUACUCCUCCACGAGGCGUCCGAGUGCGGUGUUCCGCUCAUGACCCCGUUUGCCGGGUUCUGUGCCUUUUCCGCCUGCUAUGUGCUAGUCUAUGUGUACCGGUUCCCGCGGAUGAACCUGGGUCGAAGUCCACGCGCAGAAGAAUGUAUGCACAUGUGCAUGGACUAUCUACACCAGUUCCGAAACGUAUGGAAGAUUGCCGACGGAUGGAUUAAGACACUGCAAUAUGCAUCACUACUCUACGGCCGUGCCGCAACAGAAGGCCGGUACCGAGGACGUACGAGAGCAGACUUUGACAACCUGCACCAGUCUGUGCACGAGUUCCGCGUCGUGGACCGUUCCGAGCAGCAUCUGCAGGAGAUUGAUGGCGCCGAUCGUCCCGUUGAGCAGCCCGACGGUAGGCGCCAUCUAUACCAGCACCAGCACCAACCACACGCGACCCAAGACGAGCCGGACCGCUUCGCGGGCUCCUUUGGCUUCGAUGACCAGACCAUGGAUACCAACAUGCUGCUCAACCAGCUCAUGGCCGAGGUCAGCACCAAUGUCGACGAGCAGGGCGCCUGGUCCCAGUGGUGGCCGACCAUGCAGGAGGUGGAACUGCCAGAGGGUGUGCCCCUGCUCAUGUAA